GAGGACGGGUUGCAAUAAUUGCAAAAUAAAGAAUAAAAAGAUCUAACCAAUCCUAGGCCCAGCAAUACAACACCCAUAAAGAAGCUGGAUAAAACAGUGACGUGAGGAGGGACAUGUGAUUUUGUUACGGUCUCGGCACCAAAUACAAGCGUUAUUUAUGGAUCAUAUCUAGUAGUAAUUGUUAUAUUUGAAUAUUUCAGCUGAUAAGAGUGACAACUGAUAUAAGCCAUAAUUCUAUUUCUUCGCCAGCUGAUAGUGACAACUGAUAUAAGCCGUAAUUCUAUUUCUUCGCCAGCUGAUAGUGACAACUGAUAUAAGUCAUAAAUAUAUUUCUUCAAUAUUUCAGCUGAUAGUUAGAGUGACAACUGAUAUAAGCCAUAAUUCUAUUUCUUCGCCAGCUGAUCGCUAUCGUUACAAACUGAAGCCCCUGCGAAGCCGACUAAGGCGCUCUGAACCCUAUGAUGUCACGAGGCACCUCGGGAAGGACUACAUCAACGCCACUGUAGUUAAUAACGGGUAUCAGGAGAUGCUGGUGACGCCCCACCCACUGCCUCACACCGUCGGCGACUUCUGGAGGAUGGUGAAGGACUCCGGCGCCUCUACCAUCAUCAUGUUGAUGGAUAAUAAGUCAAACUUGGCGAAGUUUCCUCGCUACUGGCCGCUACCUGGGCAAGUUUCCCGCUACUUCGCCGAUACCACCUCCAGCAUAUUGGUGAAGAACCAGAGUGAGUGCGCCUACCCGCAGUUAUUUACGGAGCAGAACACCGAGGAAACACAGACACGGAAUAAGACAAAAGAUAGCAAGGUCGGCGAGGAAAAACUAAAGAAAACGACCGAGGGAAAUCAGGAAGAGGAGGAGGAAAUGGCAGAAACCGUUUCCAUUGAAAAGCUGCUUGGAAGAUGCCUGCUGAUGCAGGAGAAGUACGCAAUGAUGGACACAAAGCCGGAGGAGACACAGGCCGGUCCUUCGCGGGAUAAAUCCGGCGAACAGACUUCUCAACUAGGAAGACAGGAGCAGGAGCAGAAGGAGGAGCAGAAGGAGGAGCAGGAGGAGGAGGAAGAUGAUUGGAGCGUUACGUACCAGUGGGAAAGCGAGGGUCAGCGGCAGUUGGCUCAGCAGCGGCUUCAGGAAAGGAAGCACUUUUACGUCACUGACCUCAGCUUGCACGUGGGUCCUGGUGGUCGGAAAGUGCGCCACUAUCACUUCGACCCGGAGCGGUACGAGGACGAGCAGGAUCGUUACGGCGGGAUCCUCCACCUGCUGCUCGCUGCCCUGAACCACCAGCACCUCGCCGGCGGACCCAUCAUCCUCCACUGUCG